UCCAGCAGAGUGAGUGGGGGGGAAGGCAGAGCUGCUGCCCACUGUAAGCCUCCAGGAUGAGCUGUGGUGGCCAAGGGCGAUGGCCCCUCCUUGGCAUGACUUCUCUGGUCCUGGUCCUUUUUCUCCAUCUGCCAGGUGUGGCCUCCAGAUGUAUUGACAUGGCACUUGAGCAAGACCUACAGCCUCUGCCUCCAGGUGUGCAGCGCUGCUCAUUGCCCAGAGGACUCCUUCAGCCUGAUGUCUCACCUCCUGGGCAACCAACGGGCAGCAGGGAGGCAGGAGAUAGCCGUGUAGUGGGUGGAAGUCCUGCAGUUUCGGGAGGACCUGGAGGCGGGUCUUCUGCUUAUCCUCCCAACACACAAGGGGGGAACCCUUUCCCAGCUGGCCGGCCAGAUAAGCCUUGGCCAUUUGGCACACCAGGGAAGCCAGCAUUUGGGGGUGUCUCUGGCCAAUAUGGCAGGCCGGCUGGACCUGGACAGUAUGGGGGUUCUGUGAAUUAUGGCAGGCCAGACAGACCUGGCCAGUAUGAUGGGCAACAUGGGGAAGGUCCUUAUGGGCACCCCCGGGUAGAAAUGAAGCCUCCUGGCAUCCCCUACAUACCGACUCCUAGGGAGUGGGGUGGGGGUCGCAUCCCAGCAGAGAAGUUCAACCCUGGCUAUGCCAAUAACCCCAACGCUCCUUAUGGUGGUGGAGCAGGUGGCCAAUAUCCACCGAGCUAUGGAGGUGGAUCUGGAAUAUCAGGGCCAAGGGGCAGAUAUGAUGGCAGUUAUGGCCCUGUACCCUAUGGCAUUCAGCCUGGUGAACAAACUGGCAAAGACAGUAGUGAUCCUUGCACUCCAGAAUGUUAAGAUAGAGGCGGCUUGGUCUCGACACUGGGCAUUUGGGGUGGGCUGGAUAGAACAUCAGGAUUCUACUCCCAUUUUCCAGGGAAAGAACACUGAGAAAUGAUAAAUACAAGAACUAACUAAAUUUCUCCAGGAGGGGUACAAUACACUAUUCAGUGAGGUCUUUCCUAAAUGUGUAUGAACACGUUCCUACCUUUUAUAUUUUGUAUCUAUGCCAAAAACUUCCAUUACUUUCCGAACUGUUGAAUGAUUACAAUUCCUAGCUAUAGGAUUUGGGGAAUUGUAUGGCAAAGAUACUAGAACUAGCUAAUGAAAAUCCGUAAUACCCUCACAAAACUGCAAUUCCCAGGAUUCGUGGCAUUUAAUACCAUUUCAUAUUGUUAUUAUUUUAAACUAGUGAUGUUCUUACCAAAUCUAUAGUCUGAUUAUGGUCGAACCACCAGAAAUUCAUUGGGUGUACCAAUCAUGAGCUAUGAACCUGUGUAAAAUUUCAUUCCUACUCACCCAGCUCUUAUACCAUCCCUAUAAAACUUGUGCCUCAUCCAGAGUAGCUUCCAUGCCAGCCAUUAAUUCUGAAACUGUUGUUACUUGCUCACUCAUUUUUAACUGAGAAUCUAGACAAUAUUGUCAGCAAGCUAUUCCAUUGUUUUCAGGAUGGUUGUGUGAAAUGGUUUCAAAUCUCGGUUGCUUGAACCCGUGUUUUCCUUCUGCUUCUGUGUCUGUGUGUGUUUUACUACCCAAGGAAUGUUGUUUGACAAGUAUCUGUAAUGUCAGCUUGAUUGCGGUAUAGUAUGGUCAGGGCUCAUUUUGAGGGGGAACGCACAGGAACGCUGGUAGUGCUCCAAAAAGGUCACAUGUCAGGUGGCCCCGCCCAACUGAUUUUUGGCCAUUUUGUGCCCGUUUCGGCCUGGAUCGGGGACGAAAUGGCUGAAUUUGGGCCCAAAAUGGCCAGGAUCAGGCCCAAAACAGCCAGGAUUGGUCCUGAAACAGCCAGGAUCGGGCCUCUGAUGGGUGAUGGAUCACUCUCCCGCUCAGCAGCAGCCUAAUCCUGACAAUUUUGGGCCCCUUUUCGCCCAUUUUCAGCCCAAUUUCGGCCCUGAAUGGCCAGGACUGGGUCCAAAACAGCCAGGAUAGGUGAUGUCAGGGGGUGUGGUAUAUGCAAAUCAGUUAUGCCAAUGACACACUUCCGGUGACUGUCAAGGGGGCAUGGCAUAUGCAAAUGAGUUAUGCUAAUGAGUUCCUCCAGCUCUUUUUCUAUGAAAUGACUCCUGAGUAUAGUGUUGAACUAGGAACAAGGAAAGGAAGUGGGCCUGGGUUCAUAUCUUAACCUACCUCACAGGGUUAUUGUGAGGAUAAAACAAGGGAGGGGAGAACCAUGUGCUCUAUCCUGAGCUUCUCGGGGGAACAAUUUAACAAUAAUUGUCUUUCAUAUGUAUCUUCAGCUUCCAUUUGAGGAUCUCAUCUGCAUUUUUUUGACGUUGUAUUUGUUCAGAUCCUCUGCCACCUUACUCCAUCGCCCUCAUGUGUCCUCAGCUUGGCUUUGGUACAUUUAUGUCAUUGAAAGUGACCCUUUGUAUUACUGUUGACCCAAAAUGUUUGUAUUAAAAUACUUGUACUGUA